CAUACACUCUCUCACACACACACUCACAGAGCAGGUGUAAUUUAUCGCGAGCGGGAGAAAAGGUGUGGACAAUGGCGGGAAAGGACGCGUGACGUGACGACCAUGCACGCGCCUCCAUGACGCAACACAAACACGGCAGACCUUCAGUCAUGACUUCCUCCUUCCCACAAUCUGAGUCCACGACCUCGCUGCUCAAAUCGUCCUCCAGAAGACCCACGCACGUCCAGGAGCGUCCGCGAAGUCACCCCCCGGCCCCGCACCGUCACCACCGCGCCGCCGUCCACAGCAGCGCCGCCGCCGAGGAGGCUAAUUGUUUGCCCGCGGAGAGCGAGGUGAGUGCCCGCAGACCUCUAUGCCGCCCCUCGCUCAUGACGGACGGAGGUGAGUCCACGCGGGUCAAGUGUCGCUCCCACGCACCUGCUCGCCAGGACCCGGCGGACACUCCCGGUGAGGCCGUCCGCGGCGCACACCGACAUCACCACCGCAGGAAGCACCACCGCGAGGAGCGACCACCGGCGGCCGGACCACCGGAAGCCGAACCUCCGCGACGUUGCCGGGCUCGCCCGCCCCCCAGAGCGCCGUGUUUGUCGGACAGCCACGACGACAGGACUCCGCUCUGUGAACCGCGGGAGCAGAGGAGAGGCGGUGCGGGGGAAGGAGGCUGUCAGGCCGGCACUUCUUCCCCGUCUGUGUGCUCGCCUGUGCCGCCGUCCAGCGCCUCCUCCCGGCGCUCGCGGAGGUCCAGCGCCGCUUCUUCAGCGUCGGACGUCAAUUUACGGACUGUCCUUAAUUCACUCUUUGGUCAGGACCGAGAGUUACGUCCAGAGGAAAUGGAUGAGCUGCGUGAUGCGUUCAAAGAGUUCGACAAGGACAAGGAUGGUUUCAUCAGCUGUAAAGAUCUGGGGAACUGCAUGAGGACUAUGGGUUACAUGCCCACUGAAAUGGAGCUGAUCGAGCUGAGUCAGCAGAUCAAUAUGAACUUGGGAGGUCAUGUGGAUUUUGAGGAUUUUGUGGAGUUGAUGGGUCCAAAACUUCUUGCCGAAACAGCAGACAUGAUCGGGAUAAAAGAAUUAAAAGAUGCCUUCAGAGAGUUUGACACCAAUGGAGAUGGUGCCAUUAGUACGUCUGAGCUGCGAGAUGCAAUGCGGAAGCUUCUGGGCCAUCAGGUGGGCUUAAAUGAAGUGGAGGACAUUCUACGGGAGGUGGAUUUGAACGGAGAUGGGCUUGUCGACUUUGAAGAGUUUGUACGAAUGAUGUCUCGUUAAGACCACAGAAAGAUCAGUCUUGAAUGUGAAGUCUGGUCCCUCGCUGUGCUUAGUCCAGUCUACCAGGACGGGCUACGUUCUCUGAGCCAUUCAAAAAAAAAAUUUGACCGACACUGGAAAAUGUCAAGUCCUUGAAUGUUCUAGAGUGGAGAGUCACCUCAAACUGUCAAUCAAUAAGUGUUCUUCCAGUCCCACUGAGGCACAACUGGCUGUAGCCUCACUGAUGAUUGUACUUGUGUGUUCUUGCACUUUAACUCUCACUCAGUCUUGUCUCUUCUUCUCCAUCAAAUGUCUCAAAAUGUUGCCUCAUGUGUUAGACUACCAGCCUGUAGAUACCAUUUAGAGAGUGGGUAUGUUGUUCAAUGUUUGAGUACGUUUCCACUUUCCAUGUGUGUCCAUUCAAAGGACUACGUUGAAAUGUUCUUUGUGGGACCUUGGCGCUCCACUUGAAAGCCCAUGUAGCAAUACAACCUACAAUACAACCUACAAUACAACCUACAAUACAACCUACAAUACAACCUACAAUACAACUUACAGUCGUGGUCAAAAGUGUACGUACACUUGUGAAGGUCAUCCUGUCAUGGCUGUCUGGACUUUACAAGCAUUUCUACAACUCAGAACUUUCCUCCAGAAGGUCUUAUCUUUGUCCAUGUGAUGUCAGAUGAAACAAACAUGGAGCAGUUUGGCCACAAUACCCAGCAAUAUGUUUGGAGGAGAAAAGGUGAGGCCUUUAAUCCCUUGGAACACCAUUCCUACCGUCAAGCAUGGUGGUGGUAGUAUUAUGCUCUGGGCCUGUUUUGCUGCCAAUGGAACCGCUGCUUUAAAUGGGACAAUGAAAAAGAAGAAUUAGCUCCAAAUUCAAGUCUUUUAACAUUUUCCAACAAAAAUUCCCGCUUUUCCCAAAAUUCCCACAUUUUCAUGAAAUGUCCCAUUGAAAUCCAUGGGACAUUUUUCAAAGUUCCACAAUUUUUCAUCCGAUUCAAACCGUUCCAACUCCAAAAUAUUCAACAUUUUCCAAAUUGUGUGCUCUCCUUCAACAAUUUAAAAAAAAAAUCCCAAAUUUCCAAGAAUUCCCAGUUUUCAGGGACAUUUUUCCCCAUUCAAAAUGAAUGGGACAAGUUGCACAAUUUCCACAUGUUUCAACACAUUCCACCAUCCUGGACAUUCAAUCAUUUUUCCAAGUUCCAAAAAAUGUCAGGAUUUUCCAGAAUUCCAGGUUUUGCAAAGCCCUAUUUCCACCCUUUUUUCUGGCGACUACUUUCCAACCCACUUCAACCGUCAAAUAAUUCCUCUUAAUCAGGACAAAAAAAGGAAGUUGUUUGUUGAAAUGGAAAAAAUUCCCACAAUGGAACUGCUGCUUUAAAUGGGACAAUGAAAAAGGAGGAUUAGCUCCAAGUUCUUCAGGACAAGCUAAAAUCAUCAGCCCGGAGGUUGGGUCUUGUUGGGUGUUCCAACAGGACAAUGACCCCAAACACACCUCAAAAGUGGUAAAGGAAUGGCUAAAUCAGGCUAGAAUGAAGGUUUUAGAAUGGCCUUCCCAAAGUCCUGACUUAAACGUGUGGACAAUGCUGAAGAAACAAGUCCAACACAUUUAGCUGAACUGCAGCAAUUUAGUGGUCAAGCAGAAGCUUGUGGAUGGCUACCAAAAGCGCCUUAUUGCAGGUCAACUUGCCAAGGGACAUGUAAGCAAAUAUUAACAUUGCUGUAUGUAUACUUUUGACCCUCACAUUUUCAGUAGAGCCAUAAUAAAUUCAUAAAAGAAGCAAACUUCAUGAAUGUUUGUUGUGACCAACAAGUAUGUGCUCCAAUCACCACAUCACAACAAAAUAAGAGUACCGGUACUAGAAAUUAUUAAAAACUCAAGACAGCCAUGACAUGAUGUUCUUUACCAGUGUACGUAAACAUCUCUUAACCAGGACUGGAUGUGACCACCUGUGAUUUGUCCCUGUGCCAGUCUAGUCCAAGUGUCAUGAAGACGGGCAAUUGUCAGGCUUGUCCUUGACAGUUUGGUUAGGUUUUAGUUUUUCCUCUUCAAUCAAUCAAUCAAUGUUGUGUUUGUCUUUAUUUUCUGUCAGUGCUUUUAUUUUGGUUGUUUCCUGCGCCAAUCCUGCCUUCUCUGCAUCUUGGGGUUCGUCACCAACACUCCGUGACAGAAUACUCCAGCCUAACACGAACCCCGCGGAGAUUUCUAUGGCAGAGAGGCUUAACAAUGCUUUAACAUUGAUGGCCGAAUGGAGGAAAAACUCAAACAUAACCAAACUGUCAGGGACUAUCCUGAGAGCAAUACUCCUCAUAGAUGUUAUUCCUUCAAGUCUGACAUCUCAGGUUGUUGAUUUAGUGCUCAGACCAGGGGUGUCCAAACUUUUUCCACCGAGGGCAACACACAACAAUUUAUAAAUUCUGUGCAAUAAAAAUUCUAAAACCAAUAAAACAUCUUAGCUUAAUGUACUAAUGUCUUAUACCAGGGGUGUCAAAGUCAUGUUAGAUGGGGGCUACAUGGAGAGAAAUACACUCCCAAGUGGGCCGGACUGGUACAAUCACGACACGAUAACUUCAAAAUAAAGACAACAUUUUAUUUUUACAAUUUCCGUACACAAAGAAAAAUAGUUGUGGGACAAAAUUAGCUUUGAACACCCCUGGCCUGGACACGUGUUCUUCCUUUAAUGCUGAAAUCUAGAGCAGUGUUUUUCAACCACUGUGCCGCGGCACACUAGUGUGUGGUGAGAUACGGUCUGGUGUGCCGUGGGAGAUGAUCUCAUUUCACCUAUUCGGGUUGAAAAUAUGUUUUGCAAAACAGUAAUUCUAGUCUGCAAAUGAUGUGUUGUUGUUGAAUGUCGGUGCUGUCUAGAGCUGGGCAGAGUAACCGUGGAAUACUCUUCCAUAUCAGUAGGUGGCAGCAGGUAGCUAAUUGCUUUGUAGAUGUGGGAAACAGCGGGAGGCAGGGUGCAGGUAAAAAGGUAUCUAUUGCUUAAACCAAAAAUAAACAAAAGGUGAGUGCUGCUAAGAAAAGGCAUUGAAGUUACGAACAAUGGGAGACGAGGCUUUCUGCUCCGCCGCUCCCAGUCUGCGGAACGCUCUCCCUGACCACCUGAGGGCACCGCAGACUGGAUGCUUUUAAAAAAGCCUUUUUUUAGAUAUAUGCACACUAGUUUUAGCUAUUUGGCUGUUCUAGUUUUUAUUUUUUUAAUUAUCUUUUUAUUUUUUUUAUACACUAGCACUUUGAGGUUGUUUACUCAAUGUAAAGUGCUUUUUACAAAUUAAAUCUAUUAUUAUUAUUAUUAUUAGAGAUGUCCGAUAAUAUCGGUCUGCCGAUAUUAUCGGCCGAUAAAUGCGUUAAAAUGCAAUAUCGGAAAUUAUCGGUAUCGUUUUUUUUAUUAUCAGUAUCGUUUUUUUUUUUUUUUUUUUUUUUUUUUUUUAUUAAAUCCACAUAAAAAACACAAGAUACACUUACAAUUAGUGCACCAAGCCAAAAAACCUCCCUCCCCCAUUCACACUCAUUCACACAAAAGGGUUGUUUCUUUCUGUUAUUAAUAUUCUGCUUCCUACAUUAUAUAUCAAUAUAUAUCAAUACAGUCUGCAAGGGAUACAGUCCGUAAGCACACAUGAUUGUGCG